AUGGCCCCCUUGGUUUUUACCAAGCUGCUUCAGGUGGUUGUGGGCUAUUUACACAGUCGCGGAGUAGAUAUCCAUAUUUAUUUCGACGACUCCUUGAUGCUGCAUCUAGAUCCAGAGUCUCUGAGUCGCAGCACCAGGUCAGUCUUGACUACCCUUCUUCGCCUGGGCUUUAUCCCUUCUCGAAAGAAAUCCGAGGUUUUUCCCUCACAGGACUUUGUGUUCCUGGGAAACCGUUUCCUUACGGAUAUCGACUUCGUUGUUCCACCUCAGUCCAAGUUCCAGAAGGCCAAGGAAUUGGUUCUUCUGCUCAACAGUUUGGACUCUAUUCAGGUCAGGUGGUUUCUGAGGCUUCUCGGAUUUCUCAACUCCCUUUCGGAUGUUAUCCCUCUGGGUCGGCUCCAUCGACCUCUUCAGAUGUACCUACUGUCCAAAUGGAAACCGGCCUCUCAUCAGUGGGAUGUUCACAUUUCCUUGGACAAUUCAGUGAAGGCGUCGGCAAUGUGGUGGGCCUUGGAGAGCAAUGUCCUGAGGGGCGUCUCUCUUCGGAGAUCACCCCCUACAGCUACCCUGUAUACGGACGCAUCUAUGAUGGGUUGGGGGGCCUACCUCGACGGUCAUUGUCGUUCGGGUGUCUGGCAGGGAGAUCAACUCCAGGAGCAUAUCAAUGUGCUGGAGAUGAGGGCAGUUCUGCUGGCUAUUCAGUCUCUGCGUCUGUUGCUUCAGGAUCAGUCCAUCUGUCUGGCUACAGACAAUGCCACAGUAGUAGCUAAUCUGGAGAAUCAGGGAUGGACAAGGUCUCACAAACUUUGUGCUCUCGCUUGUCAGGUCCUGCUCCUGUGUCAUUCCAUGGGGCUUUCCCUAACAGUGAGACAUCUUCCAGGUCAUCUCAAUGUGUUAGCAGACACCCUCUCCAGGUCUUGGAGUCCAAUUAUCACAGAAUGGACUUUGAACAGGUCAAUUUUCAGAGCCAUUUGUAUGGUGUGGGAGACUCCCCUAGUCGAUCUGUUUGCCACAGCUCUGAAUUUCCAAAUUCAGACGUUUGUGUCUCCUGUCCCAGAUCCUAUGGCAUGGGCAGUAGAUGCUCUGUCCCUAAGCUGGGACGGUCUCCUAGCCUAUGCUUUGCCUCCCUUCAAUCUGUUGGGCAGGGUGCUGCAGAAGGUCAUGGAGCACGACUGCUCAGUUCUUCUGAUAGCACCUCUGUGGCCCAGACAGCCCUGGUUUCCUGCUCUUCUGGACUUAUUGAUAGAUCUUCCAUUGGCUAUCCCUCCCAAAUGGAAUCUUCUCAGUCAACCCAAAUCCAGACAGUUCUAUCAGAACCCAGAGCGCCUGCACCUUCACGCGUGGAGGCUAUCUCGGUCUCCCUCCUCCAGACAGGCUUUUCUCAAGAGGUUACAGAUGGCAUCACCAGAUCAAUACGAUCUUCCUCAUCUGCCGUCUACCAAUCCAGAUGGUCAGCCUUCUGUGAUUGGUGUCACAGCAGGAAGAUUGAUCCACUCUGUGCCUCUAUUCAAUCGAUAG